UUUAUUUCAUAUCGCUGCUGCUUCUUUUACGGUUUCCAAUUAGAAUACAUAUUCACUCUUUUCAUUAGCUAUAAUUAAAAAGCAUUUGGAAAAUCGAGUCGAGUUCAAAGUCAUCUUUGAAUUAUUUGCUUACGGUUUAUAUCAAAUACGAAAUACAUUUGUAAUGCUAAAUAAUAUAAAUUUAAGCAUUUGCAUAAAUUGUAAAUGGAUAAGCCCUUCUAGAAGGCAUGCAAGGAGCACUUUUUCAGCCCUUCGUGGGUUGGCCUCUUAGAAUGGCUUUACUUAGGAUGGCCUACCUAAAUUAUCUUCUGGGUUCUGCGUCAGAGUACUACAUUUUUAAUAGGUAAAUUGAUUUCAAUUAAGAAAGAUGCAAAUACAAUGCCACGGUUUUUGUAUAGAUGGUAGCAAUACUAUGCUUAGAUUUAGCGUAAAUAUUCAAAUAAACAUGUGUGUGACAAUACUUGCAUUUGCAACACAAAAAAUUAUUUAUUCUAAGUUGAUUAGCUUAAGCCACUUUGGAUCAAUCUCCAUUUGCACCACAUCAGUCGUUCAAGGUGCACACAUUUGAAUGGACGUUGGUUGUAAAUUACAGCCGGAUAAUGAAGAGUGAGCCAAUUAUCGAAAAAAUACGCAACAAAUUGAAGGAUUCUAAUCCUGAUCGACGCACGGUUUUGAGCGUAUUUCAAUUCAAUAUCACUGAUACCGAUGGAAAGUUAAUUAAAAGUGUAGUUUUUGAUUUUAAAGAUCUGAAUAUCUAUGAGGGCACAACAGAUGCAGCAGAUGCUGAAGUUAUUAUAUCGGAUGAGGAUUUCUAUCUAGUAGGUACGAAGCAAACAACAUUUGAUGUACUACUCGCUGAGAACAGGGCGGUUGUCAAGGGAGAUGCCAAGGCCAUAGACAAAAUACUUGGGAAGUUCCGUUCAGGUGCAGAUAAGUAACUGGAUUGAUAGUUGAUUAUUAUUUUUAUUUAAGUCAAAACGGUGAAUAAUGUUGCAGAUAGCGAAUGUAGUUCUUGAAUUAUAGCGAUAUCAGUGAUGUUUACAUGUUUGUAUUUACAUAUGAACAUGCACCCAUAUGCAUAUGUAUUCCUGUUUUACUUUAUUAAUCAUGUCCUAAAAUUUAUUCUUUUAAAUAAACUAACCUUAAUUUUAUAUAAAUAAACUAGCAGACCCGGUGAACUUCAUCCCGCCA